UAUGAUUUUUAUUUCAUCAGUUGCGCCAGUUUCACCAGUUGCAAUAGUUUCACCAGUUGCAACGGUUGCACCAAAACCGAUUGGUGAAUGGUGCAAUGUCGACUAUCUGAAUAGGAUAGGUUCCACCAGCAACCUUAAUUUUCAUUAG